GCUCUUGAGCGUUUUUCCGCAGGCUUUUUGGGACGGAAAACGCAGUCGCAAAAGCAGAUCCAUAUUUCAAACGGAGGGAGAGCUCUACCAACCGGCUUAUAAACAUUCACCUCUAUCGACCCAAGCUCAUAAAGCCCUCCAGAUGGUGUUCGCUGAAGCGUCCUGCUCUCAGACAGGUUGGCUCUACGCUCUCACCUCUGCCACGAGUUUCUACCUUCUUCGCACCCUCCUUGUUCCCGCGAUAUUCGCCCGGGUUUGGCCAGAAUGGACUCUAAAGCGACGGAAUAUGUUUGCCAAUCAUUUCGUGUCCUGCUUGCACGCGAUGACAUGCAGUAUUUUGGUGGUUGGCACCUUUUUCUCUUAUCCUGCCUUACUGAGCGACUUGCAGGGACUCCAUGUUGAUGCAUAUGCAAUGGAAUUUGCGAGAGGUGUUUUGGCCUUUUCGUCGGGGUAUUUUAUCGGAGAUUGUCUUGAUAUGGCGAUAAAUCGAGUUUAUGCAGGAAAUUUUGGAGUUUGGGCACAUCACAUUGUGACAAUUUUCUGCUACACCUCGGCGCUUCACAACUGCCUCCUGUACCCAUAUCUCAUCUUCACCCUCCUCGUCGAGCUCAACAGCAUCUUCAUCCACCAACGCAAACUCCUACUCUUGUAUUUCGUGUCAGUACCUCAAAUGCCCUCCUUCUACCGCACAAUAUACAAGCAUGCGACUACUCUCCUCUUACUGAGCUUUCCUCCAACCCGCAUUGUGGCGAACUUUUAUCUGACAUAUCGUUUAUUUGCUGAUCGGGGGACAUGGGUGGCGCCUGCAUGGACAUGGUGGGUUGCCACAUGCGGCAUGAUACUGGUCGACUAUUAUAAUAUAGUCUUGUGGGGACAGGUGAAGAAGAGUGUAACGAGAGAUAAUAGAGCGAAAGCAGAAGAAGGAGACCAUAAGAAUACUAAGCAAGAUAAAGGGGAUUGGAAGGGGCAACAAGGGAGCGAGUUUUUGGAUUAGACGAUUUUAUUCAAAGGUUUUUGACUGUAACAGACAUUGGUUAUUGGGGAAAUUUGGAUCGCCGGGACAAAUUGUGCAGGAUCUUCGUAGAUGUACUCUGUUGUUUUUCACUAUUGAAAUUAGAGCUAGCCUCUGUGUAUUUAUAGAUAUUAUUAUAUGAAUGAAAUGAUAGCCGUGGA